AUGACAGACGACAAUUCGACGCAGUUGACCUCGGAAAAUCUCAAGCACUCCCUGGACCAACGGCCUGAAUAUCCUCCACGGCCGCCGAAGAUCCAAAGGACCGACGGCGAGGGCCCCACCGACGACGACGACGACGAGGAAGAAGAAGAAGAAUCAAAGGAGUCUGUCCUCAGUGACAAAAUCAUGAGCCAGAAACCUAGGCUUCAGAGGUACUUAGUGGCAAUUGAGUACAUUGGUACACGUUUUGCGGGAGCUCAGAAACAACCAAAUUGUAGAACAGUUGUUGGUGUACUCGAGGUAAGCUCUGAGAUGUUCUGGCUCAUGCUUAUUGCACUUAGUUGCAUUCAGUGUGCUGCCUUAGUUAACCGAAGCAGUAGCUACGUAAUUCAGUUGGAAGCUUUUCAUAAAUUUAUUGGACAACCAGUAUCAAUCUUUUGCUCAAGUCGAACUGAUGCAGGAGUACAUGCCUUAUCAAACGCUUGCCAUGUAGAUGUGGAACGCAUAAGCAAAAGGAGACCUGGUGAAGUGACUUGUCACUUAAGUGGUGUCAACGUGCAGUUACCACCUCAUGAACCUGCAGUGGUUAGAAGAGCUGUCAACCAUUUUUUACAGAAGAAUGAGGGCGAUAUCACAGUGAUAGAUGUUCGAUGUGUCCCACCUGAUUUUCAUGCUAGAUAUAAAGCUCAAGAACGAACGUACUUCUACCGUUUGCUCUCUGGACCAGAGCCUUUGUCAACCUUUGAAAAAGAUUGGGCUUGGCAUGUGCCUGAGGACCUAGAUCUUUUAGCUAUGCGGAAAGCAUGCAAAGUUCUUGUUGGACGACAUGAUUUCAGUUCUUUUAGGGCGGCUUCUUGUCAGUUGAGUUGGUAUCAGAUCGAUGCAUCAGAAAAUGUCGGGAAUUUUGAGGUUCUGCCUGACCAUCUCUAUAUCUGGUUAGUUGUCACUCAAAAUAUCUCGUUGGCCAAGUCACCCAUUAGAACUCUAGAUGAGCUUAGUGUGACUGAGGUGGUUUCUGCUCUGUAUUUUCCUUCAAUUACAGAGCGGGAACAAAGUAGUUCUAUGGGGGAAGAUUCUUUUGUAUGCUCCAGUGUGUCAGACACUGAUAUCUCUCAUGGUUGCUCGAUAUCCAGUAAGGAUAAAGUAAACAGUUUAAAUGAUGAAUCUUGUUAUGGAUUUGGCAUGAGGAAAAGACAUCGCUGCUAUGUGGUCACUGCAAGGGCACGUUCCUUUCUGUAUCACCAGGACUGCCCUUCCUCUGGUACCAUGCAGGAGACUCCUGCUCCAAUUGUUUGGACUCUACUUUUGCCAGAUUGCGUAACUCUACCUGUCUGCUCAUGUGUGCCAGAGGUAAGACUGCUAGUUGGUGUUCUCAAAUCUGUUGGCACGGGAGAGUUGACAAUUUCCGAUGUUGAACGCAUCUUAAAUGCAAAAAAUGUCACUGCUGCAAGUCCUAUGGCUCCUGCAUGUGGUCUCUUCUAG